AUGAGCUGGCUGGAAAAAUCAGUUUCUGGCCUACUAGGGUCUAUCAAAGGGCAUGUCGAGAAGAUAGUUGCAGAUGUGCCCGAGACUGAUCAGUCUCCAGAACAUCUAAAGUCCCGGAACGAUGCUGAGCUACUAAUGGCCGAUUUUGACAUGUUACAGCUGUGGGAAUAUCUUCCGGAAGUAUUAGAAAACCCACACAGUCUCGAUUCAUCCGAUAAUAUCAGUGACUUAAAGGAAUGGGAGAUCUUAGCAGCAGAAUUGGAUCAACAAGGUCGUUGGAAUGAGAUUGACUUCGGCAAGUGUUCAGCAAUUUGCCACGCAACAAUGGGAGGCGACAUUUCUUUCGAGACGAAAACACCAUUCGAGCGCAGGAUAUUUCCGACUGGGCCUUCAACUUAUCUGUUUGACGUUCUCGUGCGUCAGUCAAGCUGUUGCAGAAAACACAUUGCGCGGCUUCAUUUGAACGGCUUCUACGUUGAGAACGCAGACGCAGCCAGUCGAUUCUCCCUGUUCGUCUCCUGCAACUCAGGGCUGGACAUGGAAUGGCAUGAAGCAUCUUACGACCUACUCAUACAAGACACUGGUGUAGAAGCUUCUCCAUACCCGGAUGACUUCUGCACACUUCCAAGUCUCUGUGAUCAGUACGGAUAUGUCAAUAUCCGACAAGCUCCCAACAGGAAGCCUAUUGUUCUGGCGAAAGAGAAGAAAUCGAAACGGAGGCUUGACACACCGACACAAUGUCUCGGUAAACUUCUUGACCAAGGUUGGAUCGGCAAAAAUGGUCACUGCACCAUAGACGGAGGCCUACUUCCCGUGGAAAGGGCAGCAUUAUCUCUGAAUCUCGCCCGAGCUUUGGUUCAUCUUUCUCCGGACGCAUGGGUCCGAAAUGAGUGGAGCCUCGACAACAUCUUCCUAUCUUGGAGCCCCGGAACGCCAGAUGGCUCAAGUCCCCCGACUAUAGAUGCUGAGAGACCAUAUCUGUCCAUCCGACUAGAUAACGAAAAGGAGAUGCCCUCCUCAGAUAAAGAAUCCAAGGCAAGCACCUUUGAAACGAUUUUGUUGUCAUUCGCUCAAGUUCUCAUGGAAAUUUCAACUGGAAAGAGAUUGCUGGAAGAUCCCCAGCCAGGGUCUAACAAACGCGGCCGGCUGACAAACUGGUUCAAGAGCCGUGAUUUUCAGUGGAGCCUUCUUGGAUACGUGAAAGAUGCCAUCAAUUCGUGCUUGGAAGCGGCUUACGUUGAAGGAAAGGUCGGGAUGUCAAUCAAUGAAUGGAUCUACGACAACAUUAUCUCGCAACUGGAGGAAAAUUGGCAACAAUACAAGAUUCUCGACCCACCGUCCUUCCGAGAAUGGGACAUGAAUUUCCUGACCCCACUGACAUCGCAGGCGCCAAGCCGCAGCGAAGGUGUGUCCAAUGAGCAAAAUCCCUCGACUGUUCAAUACUUCAAUGGUAGGGUUUCUGGAAGGCAUGGAGAAAACUCAUCUUCACUCUGGUUUAGAAAGAUGAACGACGUCUAUUCCAUUCUAGGCCCUGGUGAACAGUCUGAUACCCAAACUCGGGUAGCAGUGCUGGAUACUGGUAUUACUCAGGAAGAAGCAAAGUUAAACGGGAUUCAGGCCCAUUCAUAUCGCGACUUCACUGGAGCUGAGGAAGUACAGAUGAAGGAUCAAACGGGACAUGGCUCGGACAUUGUCAAGCUAAUUUACAGAAUGUGCAACUCCACGGAUGUUCUUGUGGCUCGAGUCUGGGAGAACGACUAUGAAACCGAAGGUACCGCAAGUGCAGUUGUCCAAGCAGUGAGCUGGGCUAUUGAGAAAAACGCUGAGGUCAUUUGUAUGGCCUUUGGGUUCAUAACAAAAGUCCCCGAUCUUGAAAAAGCCUUUCGAGAGGCUAUUCCCAAGGGCAUACUUGUGUUUGCUGCAGCCUCCAAUACUGGAAACAGUGCACGCAUCACAUACCCAGCCUCUUGGGACAGCCACGUGUUUUGUACAUUUUCAACGAAUGGCAACAUCAAAAACUCUCAUCAUCUCAACCCAACAGGCCAGGAUCAGAAUAACUUUGCCAUUCUAGGCGAGGAUUUACAGCUCUCCGAUGACACAAAAAACUCCAAGAUCGUGUCGGGCACGUCUUACUCGACUGCGCUUGCCUGCGGUUUAGCAUCUCUCUUGCUGAACUUCUCAAAACAGGUCAGAGACCCCGAAAGCAACAGGGAGCAAAUUGCAGAUGUUUUGAAGUACAAGGACAACUUGACCAAAGUACUUUGCAAGAUAUCAGAACUUGACGGGCAUUAUAAGUGCAUUGUCCCGUGGAAGCUGCUGCCAAAGAACCUACAGGGACUACUUCCGUUGGAGGAAGGAUCCGGAUUAGACAAGAGCAUAAGGGUUAUGAUAAGAACCACGGUGCGCGACAAAUUGAUCAAAACGCUCGGCUUGGCUGAUGAGAUUUGGCUUGACUAA